CAGCGCCAGGACACAAGAACAAUACAGAAGAGAAAUCGACGAAUUAGAGUCCAAGGUAAAAGCACUAGAAAGUGUCAUAGAUGAAAAAGAUAAUCUUCAGAAGCAUGACGAGAAAGAAUAUCAAGAGUUAAAAGAACGAGUUGAGUUGCUUGAAACAUUUGUGAUGACAGUUUCAACGGACGAUUCUAAGAUACACUCUGCAACUUUGAAACAGGAAAAGACUGAGAUAGAAAAUGGAAAUGCUGUUCCUGAGAAAGACUACAAAAAUGUAAAUUGUCCUGAAACAUAUCAGAUUAAAGGUAGUGAGAAUGGGAGUGAAGUAUAUCGUGCACAUAAAAAAGAAAAUUUAAAAGCAUCUGCAGAAAAGAGUACAUCAGACAAUGUGUUCACGAAGGAAACAACUCCUCAAGAUACACAGUCACCCUUGCCAAAUAAAUCUAAAGAAAACUCCGUUGCACAAGCACAAGUUGUAAAGAAAUACAACUUCGUUGCUGAUAACCAGAAGAAGCAAACGGUACAAACUAAAGGAGCUUCGAGUAUACCGGAACAACCUAUAAAAGGUGCCGAAGGUACAAGCAAAGACCAUGCCUCUACAAUGAAGUCCGAUAGAAAGAGAACACUUAGAGAUUUACAAGGUGUUCAUACUAUUAUUAUUCUUGAUAUCUCAGCAAGUAUGGCGGAAGAAAAUGCAUGGACGCAUGCAUCAAGAUUUGUUCUAGAUUAUCUAAACGGCCUCGAGGAAAUCUCCAAUCGGUAUGAGCUUUCCAAUGAGCAUGUCGCUCUAGUGACGUUUGGUCACGAUACACGAGUGCAACAGCGUUUUACGAAAGACUACAAGCGGAUUUGGCAGCUUGUUGAAAAUCAGCGGCUUGGAGGACCAAGUCCACUAGAUGAAGGACUGGCAUUGGCAAUGGCCACAGCACGGUCAUCAAGGCAAUAUGUGGAAAAAGUUAAUCAAGUGGCAGUAUUUCAUAAAGUCAUAAUAGUGACGGACGGUUUUAUUACUGAAGUAAGCCAACAUGAAGGACCGGAUAAAGCAGUUGGAGAUUUAAGCGAAACUAAAGCAAUGUUGCUACAGACCAUGGAGGAAUUCAAGUGCAUUCAAACGGAUAUGUAUUAUGUCCAAGCAGGAAAAGGAAGCGAAGAAACACGACAGUUUAGCGAAUUAUUGAUGGCUGAAGUAGGUGGCAAAAUACUUGAUUACAAAUCUGGUCGACAGUUUUCAAGGCGUAUUUAUUUAACACCGAACAUACCGGAAUCGUUUGGACUUGUUCUUAUGUCACAGUUCGGAGGUGGCCGCCAAUCAUUUGGAGACUUUUCCCAGGAAGACAGGUUUAUAAAGAUUAUGAUUGAAGAAGUUCAAAGUGAUGUGCGAAAAUCUUUGAUCACCCGAAUGCACACAAAUCAGUCGACAAAUAAAUACGGGGAGAAAUCGGGAAGUAAUUUGCCACCAGCGGGAGGCCGUGUCCGGCGAGUACAAGUAGUUGAAUAUGAUCAUGAUGGUAAAGAUUGGACAAAUUCUAAAGGAAACGCCCAAAACAGGCACAGAGGCGUCGUUACCAGAGUUGCAGGGCCGAAAGCGACAGUUCGCUGGGAUGAUGGAGAAAGGGGUGAUUACACUUACAGUGGAACUGGAAAAUGUGUAAUUGAAGUUUGUUCUGGAUUUCGAGCUUUUGGCCUCGAAGGACACGUACUUGGAUCAGAUUUUACAGAGCCGCAACCAGAUCAAAAGAAAAAGAAUAAAAAUAAAAAUGUCAAGUAACAUCAUCAAUAAACAUUCAAACCGAACUACAUGUAUACUAUUAAGAGUCUGGUGAAUAUUUUCCUAAAUCACGUUAUUGAAUGUCAACAACCAAUCAAGCGGGACGUUAAAAACGUACUUUAUUGGUGCCAUAUACCCUUUGGAGUGAGACUUACGGGGACAGUGGACCUAAAAAUGAACAAUUUCGUAGUUCAGUGAGACCUAAAACACGAUUCCAAAUAUUUCAAAAUAUGUUACACAGACGGAUAACUAGUUGCACAGCAUUAUUCAAGGAUAUAUCACAUACAUUUAAGAAAAUAAUAGUUUACAUGCAUUGCUCCUAAAAAUAAGACUCACAAGAAUCUAUAUUUACCCCACCCACAUGAAGGUGCAGGAUACUCCAUUUCCUUCACAUCACUAACUAACUAAUUCACAUCACUAACACACAGUGCAAUCAAUGGCAUUUUGCAAAGUUGUCAAUGUACAGUCUGUCAUACGUUUAGAUUUUUCACAAAAUUUAUCCAAAGUUUCUUACUUGUCUGGCGCCAACUGUAAAGUGCUUGAUUUUAACUUUUUCACCUCCGUAAGAGAGUCACAAAUAAAUACAUACAAAACUACCAAAAUGUUUACUUUAGGGUAAAAUCCCAACAAUUAUGCUCAUUUCCUACACACAAACAAGAAAGCAUUAAAAUUUAUCAGUACCUGCAAAACACCAUGUCCACACCGUAUUACCGGCGCCAGUGAUGGCAGAUCACUGCAGUGAUGGCAGAUACCUGAAAUCUACCGCUCGGUACAGGUAGGUUAUAAAUUUGGUUGAUAUUAUUAUAUCACACAAAUACGGCCCAUUUCAUUGCUAUGAAACUAUUUUCCAUUGACUGGAGAUACUAUUAGGUAAUUUUGGACUCGAUUUUUCCUGUUUUUAGACUAUUUUGAGCAGGUUAAAAGUGACAGCUUCGGAAAAAUCCGUGAAAAUGUCUGUUUUUUUGUUCAAAAUAUCUCAAGUAUUAACUAAACUGCAGGAUUUCGUGCAAUUAAUAUAG